AUCGGUUAGAGGAGUAGCGCGGCGAAACACUGGCCGGCAGUUCUUCAGCUAGAAGCGAAGCUGCCACUCAGCAAAAGAUGAAGUGUUUCAUAUUAGUUGGAAUGGUCGCCGUGGCUGUAUCGGGCCAACGAGUGGCAGAUAGCAAGCACUGCAAGAAACCUGACGGCCUAUUUCCCCACGAUCAAUACUGCGAUUAUUACUAUGACUGCCAGGACGGUGAAGCCGUGUUGCAGGCCUGCCCUAACGGAUUGGCUUUUGCAGGCAAAAAAAAGGGUUUGUUAGAGAACUGCGAUUAUCCCCACAAAGUGGGAUGUCCGGAUGAAGAUAGCCGGGUUAUGGGGCAAACUCCGGAGAGUUCAGAGAACUGCCACUGGAAAUACGGCAUCUUCGCUCACGCCACGUCAUGUACUCGCUAUUGGCAAUGCUGGAAUAGUACUGCUACAAAUCAGCAAUGCCCAUUCUCUCUACUGUAUAACGAUGCAGCUCACGCCUGCGACUGGCCAGAUAAUGUACCUGACUGCCAGAAACAUCCCAUAUGCAAGGAUGUCGCCAACGGUCCUAUUCCGAUCGAGAAAUCCUGUGCACGUUAUUGGCUCUGCGUCGGUGGCUACCCUCGCCUCCAGCGCUGCUCUGCUGGACUGGCCUUCAAUCCUGACACCCUCAAGUGCGAAUUAGACCACACUGUUCCUGGCUGUGAGCCUCCACCGUCCGAUGCUGAAUCUGACGAAGAAGAACGUUCUGGUCCCAAGCAAAAUCCCCGCUUGCAGUCACCCCCGCCCCGCUCGCAGUCGCCUCCUCCCAGAUUGCAGCCAGCUCCUCAGACGCGGCCAGUUGCCCGACCCAUUCAGCAAAUUGUACAGCGUCCAUUGCCGCCGUCUCCUCAGGUCGUCCCCGCUCUACUGCCCCCUUCGCAGCCAGCAUUUCGGCCAGAACCUGCGGUUCAACAGUUCCGACCUCAGUCGGUAGCACAGCAGACCGAAACCCCUGAAUAUGAGUACGAAGACGACGAGACUACGGAAGCACCCACCACGCAACGUCCACGCAGGAGGCCCACCCAGUUCGGAAAGUAGGAAACUUGUACACAUAACUCUGUGUCCCGUUGGACGAUCAGAUGUCGUGGAUGAGAAACACUAUUUGACCGUCAUCCCGAAAGGCGACUUCCACAUAAAACAAAAACAUUUCGUGACGGACAAGCCCAGUCACGUGCUUAGGAUCUGCCAAAACACAGAUUUCGACGUUACCUCGAGAACUAUUUGUUUACCGCGGAUAGAAAAAAAAAAAAGAAAAUCUCUUGAUGAGAGCACUUGUUUUAGCACAUGGAUGCAAUCUUCGGAGGCUCGUAGGAAGGAGUAGCGAGCCCAACAAUUUGAGGGGUUAGUAGUCUCCAGAGAAUCUAAGCUUGGAGAUACUAGAACACCAAAAUCAACACUAAUUAUAUAAUAUUAUCUAAAGCAGCGAUCUGACGGAUAUAAAUAAUCACAGCAGCUAUACGGUUGACUCAGCGAAAAAUUUAUUAAUGAUCAUCAAUCGUAUCAGUUAGGAAUUGAUUAGCUGACGAAAAGUGGGCGGAGGAAAAAGAGAAACAAAAAAAAAAACGAAGUUCACGAGCACAUUCACAAUUGUACAUAGUCUGCUACAUACGACAGCGACCACAUAAAUCAUCAUCGAAGAUCGACAACAAGAAUGACUCAAAAUAAUUAUAAUAAUAACAGAAUAUCUGACCCAUAUUAUGGAAUGACAUUAAUUAUUAUCAUUAAUAAUAUAAUAAAUAAAGUAACAUGUAUUGUUUUUUGUGGACGAA